CCCCGCGGGGAUAGUGUUUCUUUCGUUUUCAUUUCCCGGAAGGAUCGAAUGUGAAAUUAGUACAGCUCUAUGUGUGCGAAAGUUUUAUUCAUUGCAUUGUUUAAAAUGGAGAUCGGGGAGGUUUGACCUGCAGUUUAUUUCAUUUAUCGGCCGAGCUGUGUGUUUGGUUAUAAGGAAAUCACCCUGUUUUUUGUCGUACAGUGGAAUAGAUAAAGGGCACUUCCAUGGAGAACAUUUCCCCGUCACCUUUGGUCAAGCAAGAAAACAGAGCAAACAGUCCUGCAUCCGUGAUGCAUGGGAACCAAGUCAACACCCCUCUCAGUGUGCAUCACUCCCCACCUAACCAGCUACCUUUGGUCAGUCCUCCCAGUCAGGAAGACCUGUGGCAUCUACCUGGACGGCUGCGAAUAAACCCAUCUCUGUGGGAUAAGGAGGAUGUUACACACUGGCUCCACUGGGCUCAGAAGGAGUACUCGCUGCGCCGGCCUGAAAAGGGCCGCUUUGAGAUGAAUGGUCGUGCCCUGUGCCUGCUCACCAAGGAAGACUUCAGACGCCGCUGUCCCAGCUCAGGUGAUGUUCUGUACGAGAUCCUGCAGUGUGUGAAACAGCAAAGGAGGAGUGUUGUCUGUGGCCCCCCAAAUGCGUCUUCCUCCCUUUCAACUGGGAUCAUCCAGAGCCCGGUCAGCGUCCAGAUGCCCCCUCAGAGUGUCCGAGAGCCCCAGCCUCCCACAGACAAUGACAAGCGAGUUUCCCUCACUUUCACAACCGAUGCGUCCGCAGCUGUUGUAUCUGCUGUGACCAGCCAGCCAGAGCCUUUGUCACCUCUCAAAGAUCAUCCCAUGAUCUUUUACAUGUACCCUGCUCCACUCACACAUACCAACGGCUUAGCAGUUGUCUCCACGUUGCCCCACAACCAAGUUCAGUGUCCUCCCCAAACAGAGAGCGUCAUCCAGGAGCCCCUCAACCUGUCCAGCCGAGAGAAGUCAAGGAGCCCACUGCACAAAGCCAAUGGCCGCAUCCCAGAGUGCAGACUGCUGUGGGACUAUGUGUAUCAGCUGCUGUGUGAUGACCAGUACCAAGAGUUCAUCCGAUGGGAAGACCAAGACAGCCUGGUGUUCAGGGUGGUCGACCCCAACGGACUGGCACGUCUCUGGGGUAACCACAAGCAGAACCGAGACAAUAUGACCUACGAGAAAAUGUCCCGUGCUUUGCGGCACUACUACAAGCUGAACAUCAUCAAAAAGGAGCGAGGACAAAAACUCCUCUUCAGGUUCCUGAAACUCCCUCAGGACACCAGGAAGCCGCUGGCUGACCCUGCCGUGUCCCCAGAAGACACUCCACCUCAGGAUGAGGACUCUCAAGACAGCAGUCCCGCGCACAAGUUCAGUGAGGACCAUUUUGAGGUUUCCCCUGAUCGUGCUUCUCCACAGCCUCCUCCAUAGAAAAUAAAAGUGUAUUAAAUGCCCUUACAAUGACACAACAACACAAAUGAUUACAGAAGAUUGUAGUUUAUUUAUCUUGUGUUUUUUGAGCUUCAGAAAACAGCCCAUGCACGUCCUGGUUUAACAAAAGGCACUGUUUUGUACGCAUUGUUUGAAAUUAUUGCACUAUUAGACUGCUUUUCGUUUUGCUGUGAAUCGAUGUUUAUAUCGUUGUGAUCAGCGCAAACACUAAUAAUAAGGGAUGAGAAAAAGUGAAAGAAAUCAAAUCAAUAUUCAAUCAGCCAAACAAUCAGCAGAGUUAAAAAUUCUCAGGCUUGCUCAGCAUAGCUGCAUAAAGACCUGCUGUAUAGGUCUUGCAGAUAAGUGGUGGUAAUGAUUGUGAAACUGUAUGUUUUGUGAUUGCUCAUGGUCACAUGAAAAGUUUGUACUGCAGCUGUGCCAGUUUGUCUACAGUUUAUUUUUUUAAUUUCACAAAUAGUUUGCUUUAUCAACCUCAAGUUGAGGUGUGUGUGAUGUAAGUUUCAGAUUUGGUAUAUAUUAAGUGUAAAUGUUUUUCCUGCUUUGUAAAAUAAACAUUUUGUAUGGAACGUC